CGAUUCACUCGACGUGCUUGUCUAUAGCUGUGGUCAUCCAAUUUGUACCGUGUUAUGCGGGAGCUCCGGAUAGGAGUAAAGUAUAAGUUGUGACAUCCAUCUAAUCUUGUACUAUUCUCCACACGUAUGGUACUUCUACCAUCAAGUUGCGCAAUUGCCUAACAUGACAAGUCACCCUUCCACCAUGAAGGCGGCGUUAGUCGUACGUUCCAAAGACUCCUUCACCUUUGAAAUCAACGACGUUAGCAUUCCCGAGCUUAGCCCCACAGAUGUGCUAGUCAAGCUGUCCGUGACUGGAGUAUGUGGAACCGACAUGGCGCUUGCAUCGGGCAAAGUGGGCCCCACACGGCAGAUCCUGGGCCACGAGGGAGUUGGGUACAUUGUGGCCAAGGGCGAAGCUGUAUCGGCUAGCUCAGCCAAAAUCGGGGAUCGCGUUGCCAUUGCCUGGCUCCGCGACAUCUGCGGUAAAUGCGUGUUUUGCUUGCAGCCCGGCGGCGAGGCUCGCUGCACGGCACAGCUCAACUCGGGACGCAAAAUUGAUGGGACGUUUGCGGAAUACACCGUCGUGCCGGAGAGGUAUAUCAUAAAGAUUCCAGAGUCCAUCGCAGCAGUCGAGGAUCAAGUCAUCGCGCCCAUUGUAUGCGGCGGCGUCACGGCAUACAAGGCGCUCAAGAUCUGCGGUGCGGUCGCUGGGCAAUGGGUUGCAAUUUCCGGAGCAGGUGGCGGUGUCGGCAGUCUGGCUGUCCAGUACGCCAAAGCGAUGGGAUACCGUGUGUUAGCCAUUGAUGCCGGGAGCGAAAAGGGCAGGUUUACUUUGUCAGCUGGUGCGGAGGAGUACGUCGACGUGCUUGCUACUACCAACCUUGCGGACGAAGUCAUGAGAAUCACACAGAACCGCCGUGCCAAAGCGGUGCUUGUGUGCGCCGGCGUCAGCGCUGCGUAUGAAAGUGCGCCUAGGCUGCUAGGACCGUCCGGUACAAUGGUCUGCGUGGGGAUUCUCCCUCCAGGUCAACAAGUCCCUUACGAGCCGCUGCUUAUGAUUGAUAAUGAUCUUAGAAUCAUUAGCUCUUCCGUGGGCACAAGAGAGGACAUGUAUGAAGCGUUUGAGUUUGUUUCCCGUGGUUUGGUUCGCCCAGUGACGACACAGAAGCGGUUGGAGGAUCUGCCAGAGCUUGGUAGAACGCUUGGCCAGACAAUUGGAAAGCCUGUAAUCCGAUUCAAGCUAUAGGUUUUAUGUGAAGUAACAUUACUGAAGACUACAAGUACAGGAAGAGACUGUAUCCGCUCAUUGACUGGUCUGCAUGUUCAUUGCCAUGUCGACACAUGAUGCUUUGUAUCUUAGUCUCGCAGUCUACAACACGGAAGACUGGAGUCAUAGGUUUUACAACCUCGCUCGUUGCUGCUGCACCUAGUGCUGUGUAAAGCUCCAGAAAUGUAUACAGUGCACACUCAUCUAGAAC